AUGUUGAGACAAAUCGUUCGACUAGCAGUCUCCCAGGGCCUGAAAUGUACCAAUAAACAAUCCGGAAUCUUUAUACGAUUAACAAAUAAGAGAUUUAAUUCAACAGAUACGGCACAAAAUGCAGUAAAGGAAAAGAUCGACAAAAUUAAGGUUAAGAGAGCUUAUGCGCUCGGUGGUUGUCUUAUGUUCAUCUGGAUAUCAACGCAUGGAAUUUUACUUUAUAGAAGGCGUAGUGAGCAUAGAAGUUUGAACGAGAAGCUUCCGCCCAUUCCGUGGGAAGAAUUUGACGAAAAAUAUUUCUCAAAAGGCGAAGUCAAAACGAUUAUUUUCCAGCCACACUUCGGCGUGGCCAAUGUUUAUUUGCACUCAGCAAAGGAACAGCAAAUGAAGAAAACCGUUGUCGAUUGGAUUCACACUACACCCGACAAAUUCUCAAGGCCACCCGAUGUGCGCUUUUACUAUGAAGGAUCAGCAGAGGAACUUCAAACCGAAGUCACCAAUGCUGUUCAAAAAUACAAGCACAAUGUUGGAUACGAAAUCGAUCAAUUCCCCAGUUAUCGUGAACUAUCAUUUGUCAUUGCGAGUUCCUUGUUCGUAUUGGCUGCAGUUUCUAUGGCCAAAUGA